AUGCAAUCUUAUCGAGAAGUAAUCCCUGUGACUCAAAACGGAUACAUAAUUCCUUCAAACGUCGUCAAUUCCAAUAGCAAUCCAGAAUCAUCCUUCCCUAGUUCUUCGCAAAAAUACAACAUGGCCGUUGCAGCAGACAUGUUUGGCAAUCAAAAUCGACUAGGCAUCCCACCGAAUCACCUCAGUCAUUCCCUAUCAUACCAAACCAGCAACUUUCCGAGAAUGCAUCCCGUAUCGACAUCCGCUGAUUGUCAUGGUUUUAAUGGGUACUCUUCCGUUCCCCGUGUUUAUGAAGUCUGGAACAGUAAUUUUGCUGAAGGAGUUUUACUUUUGCGAAAACUGACUAAGAAUGCCAAAUUUGUCGCAGUCGAUACUGAAUUUCCUGGCAUCGUAGCAAAGGUACAUGGUGAAUUUAUGGAUUCAAUCGAUCAAGCCUAUCAUAAUAUCAAGGCGAAUACGGAAAUAAUGCGUCCCAUACAGCUUGGUUUCAGUUUCUUUGAUGAUGGGGGAGUUGGUCUUGAAUCCCCGUCAACAAUUCAGUUCAAUUUGAAUUGGAAUGUUGAUAACGAUACUCACGCUACAGAGUCCAUCAAUUUACUUCAGGCUAGUGGAAUAGAUUUCUACAAGUUAAAACGGGAUGGUAUUGACCAUGAUGAAUUCGCCGAAGCGAUGAUUGGUGUUGGAUUAGCAUGCAAUCCUGACGUGACAUGGAUCGGAUUUCAUAGUGCUUAUGAUUUCGCCUACCUGAUGAAAGUUUGCACCGGUUGGGAUCAGAUGCCAUUCGACUGGAAGGAAUUUAAUAAACUUCUGCAACUAUUUUUCCCUCGUGUCGUUGAUUUGAAGACCCUUCUUGCCCACCACGGAAUUUUCAAGGGCGGUUUACAGGAAGUAGCCGACAAUUUGAAGGUGAGACGAUGUGGAUCUAAACACCAAGCCGGUAGUGAUUCCAUGUUAACUGGUGAAACAUUCUUUCGAUUCCUUGAGAAGCAUUCGCGUGGUGAUGACAUGGCAGAAAUCUUAAACCUAAUUUACGGAUUUAAUUUUGCACCAAUUAUUCCUGGAAAUCACAACCCUUUAUUGAACGGCUCUUUUCACGAGCAUUCUCACCACAGAACUGAAACCGCAGAGGAAAAUUUCGAUCCUGAUGACAAAAAGACCCAUAGUGCCGGCGAAUCUGGUAGAAGCUCGCCUGAGAGCUCGCUAGACGGCCACAAGAGCAGUUGA